AUGGGCAUUUCGGGUGGAACAAAUGUUGGGGUUAGAUUACACAGUAACCAGAUACCAUUACACAUUUACACUUUCUUUCUUAUACUGAAAUUAGAAACAAUUUGGAACAGAGAAAAUGCUGAAAUUGAUAAGCUCAAGUUCCACCAAGAUGAUGUUAAUGGCGACCUCUCUAACCCACGUCCGACCCUUAACGUGCGCCGCUUCUGUCUACCCACGCGGCUGGUGCCACACCCACCUGACCUGAUAAAAUGGGUCAGAAGAGAAGGUGGGUUCGUGCACCAGUCUGUGAAGAUAGCUGAGGUUGAGCCCCAUGGUCUUGGAUUGGUUGCUUCUGAGGAAAUUCCUCAAGGGUCUGACCUAAUUGCCCUUCCUGAGCACAUACCUUUGAAGUUUGGGUCUCUCGAGUCAGAGGGUGGUAAUGGUGCUUUCUCUGUAUUGGUCAACCUGGCUCAGCAAGUUCCUGAGGAGCUGUGGGCUAUGAGACUGGGUUUGAAGCUUCUACAAGAAAGAUCAAAAAAAGGUUCCUUCUGGUGGCCAUACAUCAGCAAUCUCCCAGAGACUUACAGCGUGCCCAUUUUCUUUCCUGGGGAGGAUAUAAAGAACUUGCAGUAUGCCCCUCUUCUUCACCAGGUAAACAAGAGAUGCCGGUUUCUUCUUGAGUUUGAGAAAGAAGUAAAGUGUGUACUUGAAAAUCUGAAACAUGAUGAUCACCCUUUUGGAGGCCAAGAUGCAGAUGCAUCUUCCCUUGGAUGGGCAAUGUCAGCAGUCUCAUCUCGGGCAUUCCGUUUGUAUGGCAGCAAACGUCCAGAUGGGACCCAUGUGGAUGUCCCCAUGAUGCUUCCACUCAUCGAUAUGUGCAACCAUAGCUUUAAUCCAAAUGCCGAAAUUGUUCAGGAACAAGAGACAGUCAACACAAAGAUGCUAGUAAAGGCAUGUAUUUCUUUUCUUCUCUAUCAUGACAGGGUAGAUACAUGCAGACAUGCGUGCUAUUCAUUAGGUUUUAGUGUUGAUCUCGCUUUUUUCUCUACUGAAGCAAUACUCAUUCUUCUUAUGUCAGAUUAUUUAUUGUGUUUGCUAUAUGCUCACCAGGUGGUUGCAAGGACACAGAUCAAGCAAGAUGAUCCUUUAGUACUUAACUACGGCUGUCUAAAUAAUGAUUUUUUUCUUCUAGACUAUGGGUUUGUGAUACCAUCGAAUCCUUAUGACUGUAUUGAACUCAAGUAUGAUGCAGCUCUUUUGGAUGCUGCGAGCAUGGCUGCUGGGGUUUCAUCCCCCAACUUCUCUUCACCAGCUCCGUGGCAGCAACAGAUUUUAUCUCGGCUAAAUUUAGAUGGAGAAGGCUCUGUUCUCAAGGUAAGCUUAGGAGGUCCAGAGUUAGUGGAGGGCCGUUUGUUGGCUGCCAUUAGAGUACUUCUUGCAAGUGAUGUGGAAGGUGUACAAAAGCACGAUCUGGAUACGCUGAAAUUGAUAUCAGUUGAAGCCCCUCUUGGAAGAUCAAAUGAAGUUGCUGUGCUUCGCUCCAUUAUUGCAUUGUGUGUGAUUGCACUUGGACACUUCCCCUCCAAAAUAAUGGAGGAUGAGUCCCUACUGAAACAGGAUGUUUCUGGUUCAACCAAGUUGGCUAUCCAGUUUAGAAUCCAAAAGAAGUCUGUCAUUAUAGAUGUGAUGAGAGAUCUUACAAGGAGGGUAAAGUUACUUUUGUCAAAGGAGCCAAUCACUGCUCAAAGUUAAGUACUGAAUUGUCACGUUUGGAGGGUCAAUCUAUAUAUGAUUCGUAUUUUCAUGGUUGCCUCACUUUAAUCAGCAUUUUUGCUCUGUUUCACACAUCUUACUCUUUUCAUGUGAAGAUUUUUGCUCUCUGUCAGUCAUCUUACUAUGUUUGCUUCGUUCUUCUAGUUCUGUUAGUAACUUUCGCAGAAUGAAAACUAGUGUAAUGUGUCAUCUUAUCUGAUCGAAUUACAUGAAUAUUAUGUGCUCAUGAAUGAACAAAUCACCCGAUUGUUUUCACUGUGGCAUACAGGUAGUUUCAAAUGUUUUUAACGUGAACAAUUUUUAGGACAUUGUUGGCAUUUUUUGUGGUUGUUUGUGAGUUGGUCUUAU